UUACGUGAAAUCAAACGCAUUGAUUCGUGCACACUCAGCAAGAUCUGAUCUGACCACACUUACUUUUAACACGUCUUACUUGGACACAAAAGGAUUUGAUAAAUCAGCUGCACCAAAAAAAAAAAAAGGGAGCACUUGUUCUCCUUUAGUGUCGUUUAAUAUCCUAUUAUAAACAUUGUCAUUGAUUAUGAGGCUUGGUCUUUAUUUUACUGGCUUAUUAGUAGCCGGAUGCUUCAGCAGAAAGUUUCAUAUUGGGGAGGAAAUGAGACCUCAUGCAUAUAAACAUGAGCAGCUUGGGCUGCUUUGAUCUGGGCCUGGCUGAGAGCCCUGGAUAGAGUGGGCUGGAGAUGCACAGCUUUCUCUCUCUCUCUCUCUCUGCCUAUUUUAACCAUUUACAUAAUUGUUAUAACUGUCCUGGCCAGCAAUGUGAGGUGCUCAAUAAAAGURGAUUGUGCUGCAAAUGAGAGGAGAUUCAAAACAAGAGCUUUGUGUACGAAAGAGCGGGCCGGCUUUAGCUAAGCGAGCGUGUUGUUAGUGUUAGUUUGUGUUCACUGAGCCAAAGUGCCUUCAGGCGGGCUUGCAGGACGGUCCGCUCGUUGCUUGGGAUGAGCCCACUUAUGAUCUUUGAUGCACAGAGAAAACUGCCUAAGCGUCCUUGACCGUCUUUUAGAGGUUCAAGAUGAAAGUAAUGGCCACAAUCAACAAGUUUCCAAACAUCAGAAGGGCUUUUCAUUUUCAAUUUUUUUUUCUUCUUCAUCUUUCAUGCAGGAAAUAACAUAUUUGGUUAGAUUACGAUUCCAGCAAAGCGUCUGAAUAAAAGAAUCCCUGAAGUGCACGUGGUGCUUAUUACUGUGUGAAACGACUACAUAGCACAGGACACGUGGGUGCAAAGUCCAAAGUGACAGCUCGAUUUUUGAACAUUUGCCUCAUGUGCUUCUCCCCUGUUCUUGUUCCAAACUUUUCCGCUGUAUUUGCUUUGCAAAGAUACAGCCUUUAGACUAAAAUGCACACUUACUUUCUGAAUUAAAGUAUUUUACAGCCACAAAUUGUAAAUAUUUUGAACGCAAAUCAACAUGUGUUUGAAAGAAGGUGAGAAACGCAAAGUGCAUUUUUCGUACAAAAAAACAGCUUUUUAAGGCCUCCGAAACAGACAUUGACUUCAUAGGUAAAAAUUUGCUGCCAUAGUCUCUGAAAGUUUGUAACUGUCUGUACCUGUGAACAGAAAAUUGAUUGUUUUGGCACUGAAAACGACCUUUGUAAGCGGGUCUCCUCAACCUCUAAAAACAAUGUGUCUCUACACUUUUUGCCACCAGUAUUAGGGAACUAACCCAAGGCUGAGGACACAGCACAGUUUGCGCCACGGUUGCUCUCUGGGCGUCAAACCAGCGGGCCGAACCUGAACGGAGACCUUUGUUUCCACCCUCAGCCAUAUUUAUAGUCGGAAAUAGAGCUGUGUGCCAGUGUGUGUUUUAUGGUCUCCAGUAGUUUAUGACUGCUGGCGGUGUUGAUGCACGGGAACAGAGAGGGUCAUAAGGAUAAAAUCAAUAGUGAACCUUAAUGAGGUUGACUGAAAAGAAGGGAAGGAGGGGAUGUGUGGGUGAUCAGAAAGUGAGAGGAAUCAGAGGGGUGACAGGAGGAAACAAUGCAUGGUGUGUGGGGGGUGAAGAGGCUCUUAGGGCUUUCAGGUGGGUGUUUGAAUUGCUUGGCAGCUGGUUUAGUUUCAUAAAAAUUCAGCAGAAAUUUGCUCAUUGUUCGCUUACAAAAUGUCAACACUCAGCUGGAGCUUUUCUGAUGCCGGGCUCGACGUCUUGAGACACACCGAAUGGUUUAUCGGUGAUUUUUUUUUUCCCAGAGACUUUAGAAAACUGUGCUUCAGAACUUGAUUAAAAUGUGGAGUUUAUGUCCUUAGGGGGGAUGGGGGGGAUUGAGUUGUAGUAACCCAGUUGGAUCCGAGUUACGUAACAGAUUUGUCAUGAAAAAAAAAACAACAACAACAACAUGACCCUGCAGCGCCGCUACCUCACAUGAUCCUGUGCUCUUUUGAUUUGCCUCAGGUAAAGAAAGGCUCGUCAAGCACUGCAGCUACCUCAACCUCGUUUGAUAGGAGAUAUUUUGCAUUUAUUUGUUCUUCCAUCAUGGCAUUUGCAUGGCGGUCAGGAUGUGUGGGUUGGUCCUGCUGAGUUCUUGUUGUUGUGCUGUGAGACAGCUGACUGCAGAGACAAACACAGCUGAAGGAAACGCAUGUGAGCUCACCUUUGUCCUCCGGGGACAGACGUCCACACAUACUGUCGGCGGGGUCUCUUUACCUCCCCUCAGCAUCUCGUAAUCAAUGGCAACCUCGGUCCAAACUCUUCCCGUGACGCGUGGUCCCACCCAAAACUUCCGCAGCCCUUUCCCCACCUCCCCCCUCUCCUCGCUCUGCGGCAUGGGAAGCGUAGGGAGCCUGGUGGAGAAGCCGGAUGCGUCUCCGACUAAAGGUAACCGCGCGGUGCCUCAGGUGAGACCCAGACAAACCAAUGGCCUGCUGAGGAAAGGCCUGACCCAGAGAGAGCUACUGAACUACCUCAACAUCACCAGAAAAGAGCCCAAAGCGGGGCCGAGCGGCGACGGCAAGAGGGACGUCAUCGGAGGCCUGGUGGAGGAUGACGUUUUCGCCAAAGUCUACAGUAAAGAUGGGACUGAAAUAGACCUGACUAAAAGCUCACUGCCGAGCGGGGGCAAGUACGAAAAGGUUCGGUUCAGGUCUUCUGCAUUCAAACCCGUCACUCCUAAAAACUUCAGCUCCAUGCAAAACCUCUACCCCUCCUCCAAGUCGGAGGACAUGGAUCACGGCCUUUCUAACGGACUGCACAGAGCAUACGGCCACAUCUCUAAGACAGUCUCCACCUCCUCUUCAUCUUCCUCACCCUCCCGUCAUGGAGGACCGACAUCAUGUGGUAACAAGGCCGUCUCCUCGGUGCAAGUGAUGAGCCACGAGGAAGACAACCUGUCAGACUCGGGUCAUAACUCCAUGAGCAGUCUGCCGCCGUACCGCCCUCCGUUCCGUCCACAUCUGUCUCACAUCAGCGCUUCCAUGGGCCACAUCAACACCAUCGGCUCCUUGGAUCGAACCUCUCAGGGCCUGAAGGCCGCCGGGUCGGGGGGCGCGGCUAUGGGGGAGGUAGCAUGUCGAAGCAUGGCCACACUGAACCGCCUGACCCCCUACGGCAGCGAGGCUCCGCCUCCUUAUGAAUGGACGCUGUCCCUCUCGGUGGAGGACGUGGUGCGGGAUCUGGAGGAGCGCCUGGUGGAAAAAGAACACGAACUGAAACAGAUGAGGAGGAACCUGGACGAGAGCGAAGGCGCCAUCGCUCAGGUGUUCGAAGGGAAGCAGCGUCUGUGGGAGAAGGAGGUGGAGGAGCUGAAGCGCCUGUACGCCGCCAAGCUGCGUCAGGUCUCGCAGCACGCCCAGCGCUCCCAGCGCAGCAUGCAGUUGGAGCUGUUCAGGGCCCAGCAGGAGAAGAACCGCCUGCAGGAGGAGCUCGACGGCCUGAAGCGGGACGCGAGCCGGGACGCCACGGCCGCGCCGAAGGCGACCAGUCCGACUCUGGAGGAGACGCGGUGGCAGGUUUGUCAGAAGUCAGGGGAGAUCUCGUUGCUGAAGCAGCAGGUGAGGGACUCCCAGGCAGAAGUGACCCAGAAGCUGAGCGAGAUCUUCAAGCUGAAGACGCAGCUGAGGGAAACCCGGACGGAGCUGCGCAACAGGGAGGCCCAGAUAGACGCUCUGAACAUCAUCCUGCAGGGGACGCAGCGCGGCAGGUGUUCCUCCGCCGGAGAAAGCAGAAAAGGAGCCGAAGAGAGUCCAUCAGCGGGCGGCUCUGGGGGUCCCACAGAAGAGCGUCUGCGAGCGGAGCUGCUGCUGGAGCGACGUCAGAGCGAGGCCCAGGCCACGGCCUUCGAGGAGGAGAGGAACACGUGGCAGACGGAGAAAGACAAGGUCAUCCGCUACCAGAAGGAGCUGCAGGCCAGCUACUUGGAGAUGUAUCACCGCAACGAAGCCCUGGAGAGGGAGCUGCAGCAGCUGAGGGCGGGCGGGGCGCGGGAAGGAAGGGGAGGCGGCGGAGGAGGAGAGAGCAGAGAUGGGACAACUGAGAAGGAGGCGAAGGAGCCGACAGCUGACAGAGCAGCAGGAAAACAAGAAGACACGCCUUCCUCGAGUCUGCCGUGGAUAGACAGGAUUGAGUCGUCUGAAAUUUGAAUGUGACACACUUGUUUGCAAUGCAAACUGUUUUCUCCGAAAGCAUGGACCUACGCAAGAGCAAGUCUGCCUGGGAAAAAAAAGGAAAAAAAAGAAAUGAGACACAAAAUAUACAAACUUAGAGAUUAUUAAAAAAAAUGUUUACUAAAUCAAAAUCCUACACAACUUACUAAAUCUCUGAAAAGGAUGUGCUGCUGGAUUUAGUUGUGGUACCAAGUAAUCAAAAUUAAAAAAUGUAAAGUCAGAAGUAGUAGAGCUAAAAAAAAACAACAACAAAAAAACGAAGUUGACAAAAAUAAUAAUAAUAGUAAACUGUGCUAAACCUUUGACCCUAAAAAAAAAGAAAAAAAGGUGCAAAUUAUGUGUUGAUUUACCUAAAUGAAACUUAUAAAUUGUGAAAUUUGUGAAUGAAAAAAAAAUCUUAAAACAAAAACA